GUUGUGAAAGAAACAAUAAAGUAGUAAGCUAGAAAAUACACAUGUAUGGGGAAACAGAUGACGUACGUUCUUAUGUCCUUUGUGAAAAUAGUUGGGGUCACAUAUGAUUCUAAAGGGGUCAUGUAUGAUAUGAACAUAUUUUUAAAAAUGGCUUGAAAUUUCCGUAGUUUAAUUUGCAGUUUACCUUAUUAGUUGUACAGCUAUAUUGUUAAAAUUCUCUUGCAGGAUAUUCAAUCUUUAUGAGAAUCUCCAAGGGAGAGAAAAACUAGUAGAUGUCCAGUAAAUCUGAGUCAUACCUCACUUGUACUGCCAUACUUAAAAGUUAUGGAAGGGAUUUAAGGAUGUGGAGUUGUUUUUAUAGUGAGUUUUCAUUUGUUUCAAGCACUUCUAAUUUCCCUCAUCAUGUUUCUUUCUAAUCUUGUUUUCCAUUAAUAGAGUUAGAAUCUCUGCUGUUUUUAUUUGGCAGUUCAGUGAGUCACCUUGAGGAUCAAGCAAUAUCGUGACAUUUGAGUGGGUGGGCUAAUUCAUCUGAAUUGUGCCUUUGGGCAUUGAAGAUACCUUAAAAGACCAGAGAAGUGUGAAAAUUGCACAAAGCAUUCAGUCACACUUUUCAGAUAAAUUCUUCUUUCCCUGGCAAUAGGCAAUCCUUAAAUUGUUUUUUUCAGAUACCCACAGGUUAAAAAAUUAAGUUUAGGAAACUAGCAUGAUAGCUUAAUUUGUGAGUAAAUUACAGGGAUGGGGAAACAAUGUAUGUCAUCAGUUUCUAAUUUGGUUGCAAAUCUCCAAACAGCUUUUAAAAUUUGGAAGUUGUAACAGUGACUUUGGGUUUCUGAAAGUGCAGGUUCUAUUUCAAAUACUCUAAGAUAUGUACUUUCAAAUGUUUGAGAUACCAGUCUCUCUGAUGCCAUUUAUAAUGUCAUGACACAAGUAGAUGAAAGCUAUUUGAAGAAGGUAAUCAGCUUGGACUGGGAGAAAAUGUAAGGAGGAUAAAAUAUGUAGGCACAGGAACUGAUGAACUACUCUUGGAAGCAAGGAUGUUACAUAGAAAAGAAAGGCCGAGAAGAAGAGAGUAAACAAUGAAAGAAAGAGGUAUAGAAGUUACAUUCAAAAUCAAAUCAAAUCAAAGCAGUAUAAUACAAAUCAAUCUUCAAAAUAACUCCUAAUCAUUAUUGAAAUUGAUAAAGAUAUUUUACCAGGGGAAAGUGAUUCAUUUGAUUUGCUUAAUUAUUCAUUCAUCUAUCUGUGGGCCGGAUCCAGAAUUAAUUGCACUUGAAGCCGAUUGGCUAAACUGAUUUGGUUAUGAAUUAGUCAUGGCUAAAUUAAAGUGCAUUGAUUUCACGUGGUGUACUUUCAGUAUGACUAAGAUUGGAUCCCAUCCAUGAUAACUGUUCUCUUGAUCUCUGGGUGACUAUUUGUAGUGCUCAUCAGAAUAACUAAAAUACAAGUAGAAUUCUCACUUUGAAACAAACAAACAACAACAACACCGCUGUGGAAUUUUAAUAUUUUUUUCAAACAUCUCAAUAGCAAAUUUUAUUCAUUUAUUAAUUUAUUAAAAUUCUUACACCCUGCCCUUUAUUGUGGAAUUUCAGGAAAGUGUCAGAUAAAACUGUGGAGCUAAAUAUGUCAAAAAGGGUUUAAUAAAACUGUAUCUUGAUCUGGUGAUGGAAAGAAACCAGCAUUGGUGUCAAUUACAACUCCAAGGAAGGGAACAUUCCACAACUGGGUUGCAAUAUGUUAUCAUGAACCUCUUGUGAAGUCUGGUCAGCCAUCAGAUCACCUUAAACUGCAGGGUGGGUGGUGUUGUCAGAAUGAAUUACAUUCAGUUAAGUAGGAAAAAGACAGGCAAAAAGCAUUAGUAUCUCCUGGUAGAUAAUGAUAGUACAAUAGAAUGUAGGGUUAAAAACAACAACAACCCACUUUCUUUCAUUUUAGAAGAAAAUGAGCCUUAAUUUUGUUUUAUGUUCAGGAAAGAGUCAAAGUAAGAUCUCACUAUAAUAGUUUGAAUAAUGAUUAUUCUUGAAGGACAUGGGUAAUCUUUUUGUUUUAUAAAAACAACCAUAAAUCCAUAUUAGUUGAUUUGUCAUAGGUACAAAAACACUCAUUUUCAUAACUAACCAUAAAAUUCUGAAGUGCUGUAUUCUUGCAUGAUGUGAAGCAAGGACACAUGCAAGCAAGCUUCUGGGCAUUAUCUUCAAAACAUGAAACAGCUAUUGUCCUGUGAGCCAAGGGAUUUUUUUGGAGGACUACAUUCGGUGAAUCCCUUCGUGCAGCUUUUACUUUGCUCUAACUAGUGGUGGCUUUCUGGAGGUGACGGUUUCGGUGGUGGGAAGUACACACUCUGUGCCGCUUCUGUGCCAUAGAUGCAGUUUAACCUGAAGAAUAAGGAGGCACUUGUACGCAUUGAAUAUUCUGAUCUGGAACAACAACAAAAGGCAGUAGUGAAUGAGAACAGGAAACUUAUGGAAAGGAUAAAAGAACUUGAGGAGAUGUUAGGGGAACUGAGGAGACAGAAGUUCCAUCUGGAAGAAGAACUUCCAAAAGCAAAAGAAGAUGCAGAAAAACAAAUGAAGGAACUGCAGAAGAAAAUAGAAGAGAUUACUCUUCAGAAAAGCAAGGCUGAACAAGAAGCAAAACGAUACCGCAUGGAACUGGAUGAUAUUUUUAAGGAGAAAGAAGCUGCAGAACAGGAAUUAGAACGUGUGAAACAGCUCACUUUGAAAGCUGAGGCUCAAAGAAGUAUUGUUGAAGAAAACCUCAGGGCUUUCAGAAUUCAAUUAGAGGAAAGUGACAGGGUUAGAAAGACUUUUGAAGACCACUUAAGAAAGAAAGACACAAAUCUUCAAGAUUUGGAGCAGCAAAAGAAAGCAUUAAUGGAAGAGCUGAAGAAGAAAACUACAGAAGAGACAAAACUUAUGAUGCUAAUUAAGGAAAUGGAACGAGACCUUGAAUUUCAAGGCAGUCUAGGGAAGAGCAAAUUCAGAGAAAAGGAAAUAAAAGAAGUUAGAAGGGAAAUUACUUUAAUAGGAAGAGAAACCCUGUUAGCAGGCUCUGACAUUUUCAGAGAAAAGCAAGAAAUAAAGACUAUAGAUGAAUAUCAGCAGUUGGUGCAUGAAUUAACAUUUGCCAACAAAAAGUCUGAAAAAAUAAUUAAAGAUUUAAAAUAUGAACUGAAUGAGCUUGAACUGCAAAAUGCAUCCUCUGAAGAAAAGUCUCGCUUACUAAAAGAAAAAUUAGAUGAGGCUAAUAACUCUCUCAGGUGUCUUAAGAUAGAACUGGAUCAAAAAGAACUGGUAGAGCAAGGAUACAUGGAGCAACUGAAAGAACUUGACAGGCAGUUGCAGAAGACCACAGGCAAAGCUGAAGAGGUAAUGCAAGAGGCCAUGGAUCUUAAAAAGUUAAAUAUAAAAUAUAAAGAAGAGCUGAAGUCACUUCAGAAAGAAAGGGUCCAGUUAAAGAGGGAGCUGGAAGAGCUGGCUAGAAUACAUACACAAACUGAGAUUACUAUUCAACAGUUAAAUGCUCAGAUCAGUUCUCUUCAGCAAGAAAAGGUGGUUGCUGAACAGAGAACAAUUUCGCUUAGAGGGGAAGCAAGCAAUCUGCAGGAACAAAUUAGAAAGAUGCAAGAACAAUUGCUUCAAAAAACAAGAGAAGAAAAAGAAAGCCAGUUUAAUAUUCAAAGGUUGAAAGAUGAUUUAGCUGAUAGUAAGCACAUGGUAGAAAAAUUAAAGCAAAAGGUUGCAGAGCUUAGUCGAUCCAAUAGUGAGACCAAAAUAAUGAUGACUGAAGUGCGGACUGAGUCAGAGAAGAUAAUCCUUGAGAGACAGAUUAUUGACAGGAAAAAUGAUGAAUUAAAAGCUUUGGCUGAGAGCUUCAAAGAGCAACUACGUGUCACAAAUGAAGAACUGCACAAACAGAUAAUCGUCGAACAAGAGCAUUUGGAUAAAAUCAAGAGCCUGGAAGAUGAAUUAAUAAAAACAAAGGAUUUAGCCACUGAGUUUAAGCAGAAAUGUGACAGAGAGAAUGCUUAUAACAUGAAUGCUGAGAUGGAGUUGAGAAACCUAAGUAGCCAGCUGAAUACAUUUAGUAUGGAAAUGAAUAUGAGUGAGCAGAAAAUCCAACAACAGCAGGCCUAUAUUCUAGAACUCAAUAACAAGAUGAAGAAGUUGCAAGAUGAUUUCCAUCAGAAGACUUUGGAUGAGCAGAUGGCACGCAAAAAGGUAGCUUUGCUUCAGGAAGAGUCAAUUAAGUUUAAGCAUUCUGCAGAAGAGUUUAGGAAGAAAUUUGAAAAACUCUUGGAAUCCCACAACAUUGCCGAAAAUGACAUAUCAGGAAUAAGGAUGGAAUGUAUUACUCUGCAGCAAGAAAGGCACAUGGCUCAGGAAAAUAUCAGGAUGUAUAAGAUUCAAAUUGAAGAUCUGCAAGACAAACUUCAGAAAUGCCGCGAGCAGCUACAACAAGGAAAGCAUGCUGAAAUGGAAUAUUUGCAUAAGUACCGUAAACUUGAAGAAGAAUUACACAUUCAGAAACGUGCAGUAGAGAACUUAAAGCACCAAAUGGACCUGCAAAAAAGGGAGCACUGCAAUCAGUUACGUAUGUUUCAGAAUGAGAUCAACAAAAAGAACAUACAGUUAGACUUUGGGUGGAAGGGAAAUGGGUUUAGUUAUUUGGGAGACACCUCCCCGAGAGAGUUUGAGCAACUUAACUUGUGUACAACCACUUCUCCGUUAUUAAGAAGACGACAAAUUGAGAUUAGCAGCCCAGGUUGUAAAACUGAACAGCUGGUUGGACAGAAAUUGCAAAUGGUUGCCACUGACUCAUUGCCACGAGAGAAGCCAUACCAGAUGUCUGGAAUGGCGCACUCAAUAGAAAAUGGGAUAACUCAACAAUCCUAUGCUGAGUAUGUUUCCCAGACAAGUACACAGCUUGAGAUAACUAUUGAUAAGAAUAACCCUCUCACAAGAAUAUCAGAAAUGGAUAAAUUGAGAGACAGCAAAUUCCUCAGUUCAAGACAUGAAGACGGUUAUGAAAUGGGAUUAGGGAAACAUCUGCAUCCUUUGGAGAAAGUGAACAACAAGCAGUAUGGUGUACAUGUUGAAGUGACUUCAUUAAAUCAAGAGAAUGGCAAGAACCUGGGUAAUGAAGGAAGACUCCUUCAGGGAUACAGAUCAUCGGAAGGGUUUAGGAGUGAAGAUAUUUCAAAGAUGGGUUCUAUCUUAGAGGAAAAGCAAGCCAAGGAGGUUGAUAUAAUUCCUUCUGAGUAUGAUAAUAUAAAAUUUCAAGGUCUCCGACAUGAUGUAACUGCCAAGCAGCUGAUUGAAGUCAAACUUCUAGACAUGAGCACUGCUGAACAGCUCCAUACAGGAAAGAAAUCCGUGACAGAGGUUCAAAAAAAUCUUGAGAUGUUUUUAACAAAACCUACUGCCAUAGCGGGAUUGUACAUUGAAACUAGCAAAGACAAGAUGUCAUUUGCUUUUGCAGCUAAGCAAAGAGUACUUGAAAAAUCUUCAUUGCUAGCACUGUUGGAAGCUCAGGCUGCUACUGGUUUUAUCAUUGAUCCCACAACUGGUCAAAAUUAUUCUGUUGAUGAUUCAGUCAUCAAGGGACUUGUAGAUCAUGAAUACAAAAACAGGCUUCUUGAAGCAGAAAAGGCUGUUUUGGGCUAUCCCUUCUCUGGGAGAAAACUCUCUGUGUAUCAGGCAAUUGAAUCCAGAAUAUUGGAGAGACAUAAAGGGAAAAAUAUUCUUGAAGUUCAGAUUGCAAGUGGAGGAAUUAUUGACCCUGUGAGGAGUGUCCGUAUUCCUCCUGAGGUCGCAGUACAAUUGGGCUUGCUGAAUAAUACCAUUCUGAAAUUUUUACACGAAUCAUCCAGUAAUACAAAAACUUUUCAGAAUCCUAAUAACAAGCAGGCCAUGUAUUACAGUGAUUUGCUGAAGUUGUGUUUGCUUGAUCUAGAUAGCAAAUGCUUUCUACUUCCUGUUGGGGAGAGAAAAAUUACCACUCCAUCUGCAGAAAAAAUUCAUAAAAUAUCUGUCAUUGACAUUAAAAUAGGAUCUGAAAUGACUUCAUAUGAGGCCUAUAAAAAGGGCUUGAUAGACAAAAGUACCUACCUUGAUCUAUCAGGACAAGAAUUUCAGUGGAAAGAAUCCACUUGCUUUGAUUCUGAUGGUAACUCUUACCUUGUGCUGACAGAUCUGAAAACUGGAAUGCAGUUUAAUAUUGAUGAGGCAUUAGCUGAUGGUAAAGUGGACAGAACACUGGUCAGUAAAUACAAAGAAGGGAAUAUUACAGUCAAUGAGUUUGGUGACAUUUUGUUGAGCAAUUCCAAACCACGUAGAGAUCUGAACAGUCCCAUUGCUGGUAUAUGGCUGUCUGAGACAAAUGAAAGAAUACCUGUUUUUAAAGCUUCUCGCAGAAACCUGGUGGAUAGAACUACAACAUUGAGAUUCCUUGAAGCACAAGCCAGUACUGGAGGUAUAACUGAUCCCUUUACUGGCAAGAGAUACAGUGUGGCAGAGGCCUUGCAAAGAGAGCUAAUUGAUGAGGCAUCUGCUAAGCACAUCAAGCAGUGUGAACUAGCCUUUACUGGGAUUAUCCAUCCCAUAUCAAAGAGUAUUAUGUCAGUCACUGAAGCUAUUAACAUAAAUGUCCUAGACAAAGAAAUGGGCACUCGCUGCUUAGAAUAUCAGCAUCUGACUGGUGGGUUGAUAGAUCCUAAAUCUCAUUCUAGAUUGACAAUGGAAGAGGCUAUUAAAAAUGGUGUCAUUGAUGCUGUUACUGCUACAAAGAUGAAAGAUGACAAAUUCUACCUAAAAAGUAUUACAUGUCCUAAAACAAAAAGGAAAAUGACAUAUAAAGAGACUCUUGAACAAGCUGUUUUUGACUGCCACACAGGGCUACGACUACUAGAAGCAGCUGAGCUAAUUUCCUCGGGGAUUUCUAGCCUGUAUUUUUCUACACAGUGAUCAUUUAACAAUUUGAGGCUGCCAUCCUAUAUCAACAUUCCUAGAAGCAGGCAGGAUAUGUUGUUUUGUAAUAAUUUAAACAAUCCAUUUUAGUUAAUUUAUUCCCUAGAAUUUUAUUGGGUUGUACAGUAGGACUCCUAAAAAAUAUUGAGACUGAUUUCAGGGCCGAGCAGAGCAUGCUGAUUUUGUGUACAGUACUCUGUGAGUUAGUGUUGCCCCAUUACUGUAACCAUGAUGCACAUUUUUUCAAAGUUAAGCACAUUUCUCUUUCAUUGAUUUCAGUGGAAGAUUUAAUACAAUAAUUAGUCUGUGUCGUACUGAAAUAAUUGGUACUUAUAUGUACAAGCUACAUCUGGAUUGUACUUCUCCUUCAUAGAAGAGAUAUCAGCAAUUUUCUGUGUAUAAAAAGAUAAAUUUGGAAGCAUUAUGAUAGGGAUAUCUUAUAGUGGAGAGAUUAUUUUUGUUUUUGAGGGUGGGCUGCAAGGAGGGGGAGUUGGUUGUUCUUUCUGGAAAAUCAUCAGAAGUCACACAGUAUGGCUUACUGCAUUCAUUUCAACAUAACAUGAAGUACAAUCCUCGAAACACUAAUUGACUUAAAGUAGUGUGGCAAGUGUGAUAAUAUUCCCAUUGAAAUCAGUGGUGAGUGCUUACAUUUGUGCUCAGAUUUAUAUGAUAACAAAACGCACACAAAUCUCCAUAAACAAAUAUAUUUGAAAAGGAUGCUAGUUUCUAGGUUCCUAGUUUAGAGUCUGUUACAAAUAUUUAACAUUCUUUUAACAGUGCAGUUAUAAGCUUUUUUACAUCACAUUAUCUUGAUUUGGGUGUACAUCUAAUGCAAAGUCUACGGUUCGACAUUAAACACUUCUUCAGAUUGUAAUUAUGCAGUGGUAGAUGAGAGAUUUUUAACAUGAAUUUGUUCAGUUGUAUAUAUCCUUGUGUGCCAAUAUGUAUCAUAACAACCAUUUUGACUUUUUUGCAGAUGUUUCAAAUGAGUCAGUUUUCUUAAUGCUUUAAAAAAAUUAUUAGCUAUUAAAAAUAUCCUGCAUCAGAAUAACAUGAUAACAACUGACAUUUAAACAAAACAAAAUAAAGUUUCUCUAAAUCUGUCA